CUCCCGCUACACUUCUUUAAUCUUCCCUUUACUCACAAUGUCGUCAGCCCUCAAUGCGAUCAAGAUUCGUCGCAAGAAGAAUGUCAAGAAGGGUAUCCAAUUCUGUUUGAUGGUGUGCGGCGCCAGUGGAACAGGUCGCACAACUUUUGUCAACACUCUCUGCGGCAAGCAGGUCCUAGAGGGCAAAGAUGCCGAUGAUGCUGCCAAUGCUCACCUUGAGGAGGGUGUACGCAUCAAGCCCGUGACGGUCGAGCUCGAGUUGGACGAGGAAGGAACCCGCAUCUCCCUGACCAUCGUCGAUACCCCCGGAUUCGGUGACCAGAUUGACAACGAGGCUAGGCAUGCACACACAGAUACCCGACAGAUUUUCGGCGAAAUUGUCGGUUACCUUGAGCGCCAAUACGAUGAUAUUCUUGCAGAGGAGUCGCGAAUUAAGCGUAACCCUCGAUUCAGGGAUAACCGAGUACACGUUCUGCUCUACUUCAUCACACCCACCGGCCACGGUCUGCGUGAACUCGAUAUCGAAUUGAUGAAGCGCCUGUCUCCCCGUGUUAACGUCAUUCCUGUCAUUGGAAAGGCCGACUCGCUCACCCCCGCCGAAUUGGCCGAGUCCAAGAAGCUGAUCAUGGAGGACAUCGAACACUACCGUAUUCCCGUCUACAACUUCCCCUACGACGUCGAGGAGGAUGACGAGGACACUGUGGAGGAGAACGCCGAGCUCCGUGGACUGAUGCCCUUCGCUAUAGUCGGAUCGGAAGACUUUGUUGAGAUUGACAACCGGAAAGUGCGCGCGCGCCAGUACCCAUGGGGUGUCGUUGAGGUUGAGAACCCUCGCCACUCAGACUUCCUGGCUGUCCGUAGCGCUCUGCUCCACAGCCACUUAGCUGAUUUAAAGGAGAUCACUCACGACUUCCUCUAUGAGAACUACCGUACUGAGAAGCUCAGCAAGAGCGUCGAUGGUGGCUCUGGUGGCUAUGAUUCUGCUAUGAACCCCGAGGAUCUUGCCUCCCAGUCUCACCGUCUCAAGGAAGAGCAGCUCCGCCGCGAGGAGGAGAAGCUCCGUGAGAUUGAGAUCAAGGUACAGCGUGAGAUUGCCGAGAAGCGACAGGAGUUGUUGGCUCGCGAGAGCCAGCUCCGAGAGAUCGAGGCUCGCAUGCAGCGCGAGCAGCAAAGCCAGAACAAUGCCAGCGAAGCAGCCAACGGAGAGGCCUAG